ACCUUUUUAUUUAGAUAAAGUUUUGUUUUCAACGCCAAACUGUAACGUCACACUUCUAGCCCCAUAAAAUAAAGACUUUAUAAUAACAAGUCUGGCGCACAGAGCCACAUGUCAGCGCUUGCAUGCAGGCUUAUCGUCACACAACCUCCUUAUUCUCGUCUCCUUAUCUUCCUCAUAGAGGACUUCACUUCGUCUCCAUCCUCUUCAUGCUCCCGUCAUCCUCACCUCCCCCGCUGUAUUGUACUCGGCGUGAUGUGGGUGAACGAUCACGACAUGCCAUUUAAAUGCUAAGUGCCGUAGGCAGAAGCCAGCAGACAUGUGAUUCACUCCAAAGGAGGAGCCUGUAGAGGAGCGAGGAGCGAGGAGGACAGGGUUGCGUGGAGAGGAGGAGGAGGAGGAGGAGGAGGAGGAGGAGGAGAGAGAGAGAGAGAGAGAGUUGCGUGGUUUGUCAGUUCUUAUUCUCUUCAGCACGGUCCUCUGUUUGCAAAAGCGCGCAGGCAGGACGACGGGAUGGAGCGGAUGGAGUCGAUGGAGCCGAUCUCGGCGCACUACACCACGGCUUACCCGGAGAUUCAUCCCGAUAGCGCGUACGAAUCCGGAGAGACCGCGGACAUCCAGGCAAAGACUCCACCAGCCCCGACAUAUGAUGAGGAAUUAGUGCACAAGACAAUCCUCGUCGGGGACAGUGGAGUGGGAAAAACGUCUCUGUUGGUGCAGUUCGAUCAGGGAAAGUUCAUCCCCGGCUCUUUCUCUGCUACAGUGGGCAUUGGAUUCACGAAUAAAGUGGUGACUGUUGACAAUGUAAAAGUCAAACUACAGAUAUGGGACACGGCGGGACAGGAAAGGUUCAGAAGUGUGACACAUGCGUAUUACAGAGAUGCACACGCACUGCUCCUCCUGUAUGAUAUCACCAGCAAAACCUCCUUUGACAACAUCAGGGCAUGGUUAACAGAGGUCCAUGAGUAUGCACAGAGCGAUGUAGUCAUCAUGUUGCUGGGCAACAAGGCCGACAUGAGCAGUGACAGAGCGAUCAGGAGAGAUGAAGGAGAGAGGCUGGCCAGAGAGUAUUCAGUUCCUUUCAUGGAGACGAGUGCCAAGACAGGAGUCAACGUAGAGCUGGCUUUCACUGCUGUGGCAAAGGAACUGAAGCAUCGGGCCGUCCAGCAUCCCAGUGAACCCAAGUUCCAGAUUCAUGAAUACAUCGAAGCACAGAGGGAGAAGUCAGGCUGCUGCAGCUACUUCUAAAUCACAUCUCCUGAGUCCUCCUCCCACUACUCCUGGUGAACAGACUGUCAGAGACACGCUGAGAGCCACCGAGUGGGAGGAAGCUCUAUUAAGUCACUGCUGCUCCCAAAAUAUGACGCUGCAUUCAUUCAAGACUAAAAGCCAAAAGUAGAUCAAUGAAGUGAGAGGAAGAGAUACCAAGCUACAGACUCACAAAACCCUCACUUCUCUUUAGCCAAGAACAGUUUACACAACUCCUUAGACUGACAUUUAUCAUUAUGAGCAACAUUUGCACUUGAGAUUUUAUCUGAUUAUUUCCAAUUCAUUACAUAUAACUGAAAAAAACACUAAGUCUAUUAGUUUCUAUGUGAGAAUUA